AUGUCGGCGCUCACAACAGAGGAUCCGGCCCAAGACACCGCCCCGCCGUCCAUCGACACCCAGCUGCAGCAGCUGCACCACAACACCGAUGGCAUCCAGCAAAUGCAGGUAACGACGCCGGCUACUCCAAAUGAUUCCGGUCGUAAACCCAAGGCACCAUCCGUCCGCCGAGCAUGCGUCGCUUGCCACACCGGAAAGACCAGAUGCAGCGAAGUCCUGCCUUGUCAGAGUUGCUUGAAGCGGGGCUUGGGUGCAUCAUGCGCUUAUCCUGACCCUUCGGGCGAUCCAUCUGAUCACAAUAAUCAGGCUCAUCACACGCCAGGUAGCACUCUCCAUGCUUUGCACGUAGAAACAACCCAUCUGAUGAUUUCUUCUAUGGAAAUCGAAGCACCGCCGGUGCAAGCAACGUUUGCUGCCACACCACAGCAAAUAUUCCCCGUUCAACAUGCGGCAGCGAACAUGUCUCAGCAGCAUUAUUAUGAUUACAACGGAGCCUUCACCGGAGCCUCGUCGUCGACAUUCAGACCAGCGAAACGACAGCGCAAUCUGACCGAGGAAGAGGCUGCCGCCAUAACCAGGAAUUUUAGCCGUGGCGAUUUCUACGUCGGAACUAGUGCGCCCGUACGCAUCGACCCACGCCUCCCAGUCAGACUUACGCUAGGCGAAGGCGACCAUGUCCAUUUCAUGGUUGGGGAACCACUCGUCUGA